AUUGGCGUGGGAGAAGUUGUGGUAGCUUUGCUGCGUUCGCCCGUUGAAUCAGAACCAGAUCCGAUCUGUCAUCUGAUUUCAAGGGAAGAGCAACGAUCAAGAAGAAGAAGAAAGCGGAAGCGGAAGGAGAGAGGAAGAAGAGCAGAGCUGGAGCCGGUACAGGAGACGCAGUCAUUGAAGCCUGCCGGAGGAGGAGGAGGAGGAGGAAACGGCCAGAUUCGAUAUCGAUCGCCAUCCGCUGCCGAACUCUUAGAUGCCCAGCAGCAAGUGCAGAUGGAGAAGGCUCUGAAGCGCAACAGGCAGCAGGAAUCUUUGCCCGAUAAGAUUCAGCGAUGGCGUGGUCCUAUACUCUUGGUUUUGGUCCCUCUCCUGCUCAUCUCCUUCGUGCUGUUUCUGAUGCCAGUCAGUUCCCCCUCCGAAUCCGUCUCCCGCAAGUUUUCGCCGGACUUCCUCGCCAAGCGAUACGCCGUCAUUUUCGACGCCGGUAGCUCCGGGAGCAGGGUGCACGUCUUCUGCUUCGAUCACAAUCUCGAUCUCGUCCCAAUCGGACAAGAUCUUGAGCUUUUUCUCAAGACGAAAGGAGGUUUGAGUAAAUAUGCAAAGGACCCUGUGGCUGCUGCCAAUUCACUCUCAUCUCUUCUUGAACAAGCAGAAGCAGCUGUUCCCAAAGAGCUGCGUCCAAAAACACCUGUCAGGGUUGGGGCUACUGCAGGUCUGAGACAAUUGGAGGGUGAUACAUCUGACAGGAUUUUGCAAGCAGUGCGGGAUUUUUUGAAGAAUAAAAGCUCCCUCAAGUCCAGGUCUGACUGGGUCACAGUUUUGGAUGGAAACCAGGAAGGUGCUUAUCAAUGGGUGACCAUUAACUACCUAUUAGGAAAUUUGGGUCAAAAAUAUUCUAAGACGGUUGGUGUGGUUGAUCUUGGGGGUGGUUCUGUACAAAUGGCAUAUGCCAUCUCAGAUUCAGAUGCUGCUAAGGCUCCAAAGCCAUCUGAAGGGGAGGAUGCAUAUGUGCAACCAAUGUAUCUCAAAGGAGAACAAUAUCACCUCUAUGUGCACAGUUAUCUGCGCUAUGGUUUACUGGCAGCUCGGGCUGAGAUUUUGAAGGUUGAUCAAGGAGUUGAUAACCCAUGUAUAUUGUCUGGUUAUAAUGGUUCUUACAAAUAUGGCCAAUCAACCUAUAGGGCUUCAGCUCCACAGUCUGGUUCAAACCUCAACAAGUGUAGGGAACUUGCUAUUAAGGCUCUGAAAAUCAACGAAUCAACAUGUACACACAUGAAAUGCACAUUUGGGGGUGUUUGGAACGGUGGGGGAGGUGACGGCCAGAAAAAUUUAUUUGUUGCUUCAUUUUUCUAUGAUAGAGCUGCUGAGGCUGGUUUUGUGAAUCCAAGCUUGCCUGUAGCGAAAGUUCGUCCACAUGAUUUUGAGGAUGCAGCUAAACAUGCUUGUGAAUCAAAUAUGGAGAAUGGCAGGUCAACUUUUCCUAAUGUGGAAGAAGACAACCUGCCAUACUUGUGCAUGGACCUUGUGUAUCAAUUAACAUUGCUCGUUGAUGGUUUUGGCCUGGAUCCUUGGCAAAAGAUUACCUUGGUGAAAAAGGUUAAAUAUGGCGAUUCUCUAGUUGAAGCCGCAUGGCCCCUGGGGAGUGCUAUUGAGGUUUUGUCGUCACCGAUAUAAGUAUAAUAUUAAUAAUCUUUAUUAUUUUUUUUAAAAGAUUCAUGGCUUGUGCUAUUAUUAGUCAGUGAAUCAAUCCCCAGGGCAGGCAGGCAUAUGCAUGUCAUCGACCUAGCUAUGAAGUUCUUCUACCACAAAGAAAGCCCUCCUAGUUUUUAUUAUCUAUCUCUCUCUUUUGAUUGAAAAUAAAGAUUUGAUUGAUAACUUAGGAAAAAUAGUGUAAGCAAAAGAGGAUGAUGAUCAUUCACCAUAUGUUCAUUGUGACGGAAAUUUAUUUGUAUCUUUUUUUUUCCUCA